AGCCUGUGUAUAGGGACACUGAGGCAGCGUUGUCUCUGGAUAGAGGAAAUGACAUAAUGACCCUCUGAAGUCCCUGCCCAGGUUCCAGUGCUCUUCGAGCAGCGUCUUAUGCCCCGGGGUGUGGUCUCAAACUCCGUUUACCAGCGCUGGAAUGAAUCUCUCAGCCCAACUUAAACAUCCUCCAGAUUCACAACUCUCGUGCGCUCUCUGAUUAGCUCCAUAAGAUGAGACUGAUGCUCUACUACUAACCGCGCAAGGGCAUAAAGAGGAUUUAGUGGAGACAGGGACAUCAAGAGUGUAUGAUAAGGAUGGGAAUUCUUCAAGUGCUGAAAACUCAGUUGCUGUGCCAUCUCAUUAUCUGUUAUGUGUUCCUGGUCAGUGGGCUCAUUAUCAACCUGCUUCAGCUUUGUACUCUACCACUGUGGCCCAUUAACAAGCAGCUUGCACGCAAGAUCAACUGCAGAUUGGGUUAUUCCAUUUCUAGUCAAUUGGUGGCAUUAUUGGAGUGGUGGUCCGGGACAGAAUGCACACUUUUCACAGCUCCAGAAAGCUAUAAACUUUAUGGCAAAGAGAAUGCCAUUGUUGUCCUAAAUCAUAACUUUGAGAUUGAUUUUAUGACCGGCUGGACCUUCUGUGAGAGAUUUGGCGUUUUAGGAAGCUCAAAGGUGUUGGCAAAAAAGGAACUUUCCUAUGUCCCUGUGAUUGGCUGGAUGUGGUACUUCCUAGAGAUCGUCUUCUGCAAAAGGAAAUGGGAAGAGGAUCGCAAGACUGUAGUGCAAAGCCUGCGCAACCUUCGGGAUUACCCAGAAAACUUUUGGUUCCUGUUGCACUGUGAGGGCACACGAUUCACAGAAAAGAAGCACAAGAUUAGUAUGGAGGUGGCAGAGAAGAAAGGUCUGCCCAAACUCAAGUACCACCUUCUACCUCGGACCAAGGGCUUUUGUGUCACGGUCCAGAACCUCAGGGGAACGGCUACUGCUGUGUACGAUUCUACACUUAAUUUCAGGAACAACGAAAUUCCAACUUUACUAGGGGUGCUCAACGGGAAAAAGUACCAUGCUGAUUUAUACGUGAGGCGAAUUCCUCUGGACAAAAUCCCAGAGGAUGAGUCUGAAUGUGCGGCCUGGCUUUACAAGCUCUAUCAGGAAAAAGAUGAAUUCCAAGAGCAUUACAGACAGACAGGGCGUUUUCCGGGUCCUGUUACAAGCCCUCCACUUCGACCUUGGGCUCUGCUGAACUGGCUCUUCUGGGUUUGUUUGCUGGUCUACCCUCUCUGCAUGUUACUGCUGCAGUUGCUGCUAUCAGGAUCCACCUUUACUGUCAUCUGUACAUCGGCCUUCUGUCUAGCAGUGUCAGUUGGUAUCCGCUGGAUGAUCGGACAGACUGAGAUUGACAAGAGUUCCAACUACGGAAAUAAAGAGAUGCAAAUGAACAACAACUGAAAGACUGUCACCCACCAGGGCAACGAGAUCAUGCUUUUGUACAGUUAUGAGGGCAUUUUCACGACAGGAACUGGCAUUAGCCAAGUGAAACCACCUUCAUGAAUGACGUUCGAGGAAUUUACAACAUGAAGUUUUCAGAAAGAGUCUUUUGAAUAAUUUAAAAGGCUUCUCUGUUUUGAUUUACUUCAUGUUAAGGCAUUUGUUUUUUAGAAAGUAGGCCAUUUAAAAAAAACGGUCUGUUUAUUAAUAUUCUUUUUUUAAAUAUUGCAAACACUGUUGGAGGAGCAGAGAACCAGCAGUUGAUGCUUGUGUAAGAGCAUGUUUGUCCACCCGUUUGAGUGCAGCAGCAGAAAGGCGGAGUCAGACUGGCCUCUUCCCUCUCAUUGGUUGAUUAUGCUCUUAUACACCCAAAUGGUAAAGGCACGCCAUUGGCCAGCACAAGGCAGAGCCGACGCAGCACAACUACUUGUAGGCUUAAAUAUGACUUUUUAACAGUGGGCUCUGCAGCAAGGCAAACAAAACUACCAUUUUAACAAAAACAAAAAAAGAAAAUUAAAACCUUCUCUACUGUGACUUUCAGCCCCAAAACUCAUUGAAAUUGUACAUAGUCAGUCAAUGCCAAUCUCCCUCCAUCUCCCAUUCUCUGAUGCUUUGUGCGGAGAACGUCCCUUGAAUUAAAGUCUCCUAACAUGUA